AUGGGAUUUCUGUAUUCGCAAUUUUUGGUCACCCCGCCCUAUCCCAAGCAAUCUUUCGCCGACCAGACGGUCAUCGUCACUGGUUCCAACGUGGGCCUGGGACUGGAAGCGGCGCGACACCUGGCCCGGCUUGGGGCGGCGAAGAUCAUUCUAGGGGUCCGCAAUGUGGCCGCUGGCGAGGAUGCCAAAAAGUCGAUCGAAUCGUCCACCGGGAGACCGGGAGUCUGUGAAGUGUGGGAGGUUGACCUAGCUUCAUACCAGUCUGUGCUCGCUUUUGGCGAACGGGCAGCGAAGCUGCCGCGUCUGGAUACUGCUAUCCUCAACGCCGCCGUAGCCACGUCGAACUUUCAAACUGCCGAGGGCCUCGAGCGUUCCAUUACUGUCAACGUUGUCAGCACGCUCCUGCUUGGGCUGCUCCUCCUCAAAAAGCUGAAGGCUACCCGGCGCGAAGUGCCUUCUUCCGAACCCAAGCUCAGUUUUGUGGUCAGCGAAGUGCAUGGCUUUGUCAAAUUUCCCGAAUGGAAAGAGGAUCGUAUCCUCGCCACCAUAAGUGAUCCCGCCCAUGCUAAGAUGAAGGAGCGCUACAUGUUAUCAAAACUGCUCGAGGUCUUACUGGUGCAGGAACUGGCUGGCCGAAGUCGCGGGACGGACGUGAUCAUCAACCAGGUUAAUCCUGGUCUCUGCCACUCACAGUUGGGACGCGAUGCUGGUUGGGGAUUGUGGCUGUUGAAAGCCGUGAUGGCGCGGUCAACCGAAGUCGGCAGCCGGACUUUAGUGGCCGGCGCAGCGGCAGGACUGGACAGCCAUGGGACUUAUAUGACUGAUGGACACGUUGAGAACACCGCGCUUUCGCCAUUUGUUCGCAGCGAUGAGGGCCGCCAGGCACGGCAGAAACUAUGGAAAGAGGUGUCAGAUGUCCUCGAAGGGAUCCAGCCCGGGAUUAUGCAAAACGUGGAGUGA